CAGAAGUAUACUUUAGACACCAUGAGCGAGCCCCAAUUCUUCGAGACUAUCACCAAGUCUUUCACGGAUGUGACCAUCACUGAGGCUGGUGUCAACACUGCCGAGUUCCUCGAAGCUGCCGAGGGCCUUGUCAAGAUCUUCAACCUCUUCGGUAACCCUGCUUUCACCGUCGUCCAGAACGACUUGACUGGUAACAUCGCCAAAAUCCGAGCCUACCUCGCCCAGAACCCCACCUCCGCCUCCACCCUCGAAUCUCUUCUCGCCACCGAAAAGGCCAACGUCCCCAAGCCCAAAGACCGCGUCGCCACCGACGCCCUCAUGUGGUUGCUCCGUGGCCUCAAGUUUACCUCCCUGGGCUUGAAGAUCAACUUGGAGAAUAAGGAUGAGGAGCUUUCGGCGUCGUUCACAAAGGCGUACGAGCAGAGUCUGAAAAAGUAUCAUGGGAUGAUGGUUAGGCCUGUCUUCUACGUACGUCCCUCCGCCUCAUCCUCCUCCUGCCGGAGUGCGACAGACUGACUUGGUGUGCAGCUCGCCAUGAAGGCUUGCCCCUACCGAGCUACCUUCUACCCCAAGCUCGGCGAGCCCCAAGCGGAAGUCACUGUCAAGCUCGAGGCCUGGCUCAAGGCCUUGUACGAUAUCGUCGAGAAGGAGACAACCGUCUUCAAGGCUGGGUCUUAUGGGGAGAUCUAAGGGCGAGAAGCCGCUGGGGGAAGUGGUUUUGUACAAGUUGUACUGAGGCAUGGAUCAGUAGUCCUUGCAUGCAUAUAGAAUGUGUGUCGAUG